UAUUAAAUGGAUAAGGCCAACGGUGGAUCGGAAACAUUGUACGAUGUUUUGAAAGUACGCAAUGAUUGCAGUGAUAAAGAUAUCCGUAAUGCCUAUGUCCAAUUAUCUAAACAGUAUCAUCCCGAUGCUAAAGGUGGUAGUUCCAAAGACAACAAAGAUCACACGGCACAUUUCCUGAAAAUUUCCGAAGCUUAUCAGACCCUAAGUAAACCAAAAUUGCGUCGAGAAUAUGAUGAAAUAUUGAAGGCAUCACAAAACACACGAAUCAUUGAAGUGGGGAAAUCCACAAAGACAGUUAGACCAUGGGAAAUUAAACCAGACUAUGAUCCAAAUCCCGGUCCUUAUUAUGGUAUAAAUGGUGUACGUAGAACAACAAACUUUAAAGUAGCAGCUGCAAUCAUUUUUCUGGGGAUAGCUGGUGGUAUUUUUGGAUUUUUCUCAGUCAGACACUCAUUUGCUAUUAAUCAAGAACGUUUAGAUGAAAUAUCGGCCAAAGCAAGUGCCCACCAUCAACGUAUACGUACCGAAGUUAACAAUUCGACAAGGGAAGAAAACAUACGCCGAUUUGUGGAACGUGUUGCUGCCGAUCAGUCAAGUAGAUAA